GGAGAUGUCAGCCUCUUUGUGAAGCCUUUGCCAACCCCUAGCUUCCUUGCAUGCUCUCACACACCCACUGGGUCUUCACCAAAGCACCUGCUGCUUGCUUAUUUAGCUACAGUCUCCCUUCAACCCCCAGGGCAUUUCUUCAGCAAAUAUUUACUGAUCACCUGCUAUGUGCCUAGUGUAGGCGUGGGGGCGUGGUGAUGGGUAAAGGAACUUGGCUUCCACCCUCAUGGGACAGUCUGCAGGGAGACCUGACAGUGAAACAGGCAAUUGUGCUUUCCAACUUGGGACCUGUAGGAUGGCUCCCGCAAAGAAGGGUGGCGAGAAGAAGAAGGGCCGGUCCGCCAUCAACGAGGUGGUGACUCGAGAAUACACUAUCGAUAUUCACAAGCGCAUCCAUGGAGUGGGCUUCAAGAAGCGUGCCCCUCGGGCACUCAAAGAGAUCCGGAAAUUUGCCAUGAAAGAGAUGGGAGCUCCAGAUGUGCGCAUUGAUACCAGGCUUAACAAAGCUGUCUGGGCCAAAGGCAUAAGGAAUGUCCCAUACCGUAUCCGUGUGCGGUUAUCCAGAAAACGCAAUGAAGAUGAAGAUUCACCAGACAAGCUCUAUACUUUGGUUACCUAUGUACCUGUUACUACUUUCAAAAAUCUACAGACAUUCAACGUGGAUGAGAACUAACUGGUGAUUGUUAGACAUAUCAAAUAAAGUUAUAAAAUAAUAAAAAAAAA